GUUCCGGUCGCGCGGCCGUUCUCCCCCCUCACCAUGACAACGGCACAUUUCAGCAUCGUCACGCGGCAGAGCCGUUACCCCCUCGGCUCGUGAUCUAGAAACGAUUGUUAUGUAAAAUAUUGUGGUGGUUGCUUUGUACAUUAGAAUUCCGGGGAUAUUUUUCAUGUAGGACGGCCGUCUUUCGCCGUCAGGGACCCUCAUGCGUCGGAGACCAGCCAGAGGCAGAGGGAGACGCCGUUUAGCUGCGUGAACAACAUGGCUCUGCUUCAGCAUCCCCGGCUGCUGCUCACUUGUGUUGUGCUGCUGUCCGCGGUCCGACGUACCGACGCUCGGUCCUCUCCGAUAUCGGACCAAAAGUCUAAAAUGUCGGGGGUGGAGGAGCUCUUUGAGGAGUUCCACAAGAAGCUCCAGCAGGACCAGACGUACAGGGUAGGGGAUGUGAUUGACUCCUGCGUGGGCGACUUCAACGCCGUCGGGGAGCGCAUCAUCCGGUCCAAGGCCUCUAUCGAGCAGGGGGCCACCUUCCUGCUGGCCCCGGAGAGGGUGUACACCUGGAAGGACUGCCUGCACGCCUGCUGCUCGCAGCCUCACUGCACCGUGGUGGUGGUCCAGGAGGACCUGAGGCAGCCCGGGGACAGCCUCAGCUGCUACCUGUUCAGCUGCACCUACAGGAAUAAAAAUGUCUGCUCCUUCGCUCCACAGCAAGGCUUCACCACAUACAGCCGGACUCCCAACACAACGCAGGGACACCUCCCUGUUUCACCCAGCGGUUCAGCCAGGAGGUCCGGGGAAGGGCUCCCCGAUGGGGAUGAUACACAAGACGUGGAUGAGCCUCCUCGCAGUGACGCUGGGCAAGAUGUGGUGAUCCAGCUGCCCACAGACUGGGCCGUCCUGGAUGGCCGGGACAGUGUGGACGACCAUGGGAUCAGUCACUAUGAAUGGACCCUUGUUAAAGGGGACACAGCCAUCAAUAUGAAGGCGACCCAUCCAGGGCUAUUGAAGGUUAGUGGUCUCCAGGAGGGUGUGUACACCUUCCAGAUGACAGUCACCGACACAGCAGGCCAGAAGAGCUCCGACAACGUCUCUGUCACUGUGCUGGCACCAAAACACCAGGCAGAAGUGUGCACAGGUCACUGUUCAAACUACCAGUUCAAGUGCGAUGACGGUUGCUGCAUUGACAUCACCUACGCCUGUGAUGGGAAGCAACACUGUCCAGACCGCUCUGAUGAAGACUUCUGCCCAAACUUUGACAGCAGCAGGAAGUCAGUGACCCACACUGACGACCUGCCCAGCCCUCAUCGGCCUGGAGCCCAGACAGAGGAGGCUGAGGGUGGCUCCGUGCUCCAGACUGGGCCCAGGAAGACCAUGGAGAGCAGCAUACCAUCUCAGGAAAGGAGCGAGACUGCUCUUCCACAAAGUCCCGGUCAACAGAAGGCUUCAGCCAGUCAAGAUCCAUGUGCUGCAGCUCCAGUCGUAGGACCUUGUAAAGGCACCUUCCCACGCUGGUACUACGACCGACACGCAGGAGAGUGCAAACACUUUCUGUAUGGUGGUUGCCAGGGCAACCAUAACAACUUCCUCCAGGAAUCCGACUGUGUCAGUGAAUGUAUACAAAAAACUUUCAAACCAGCAACCAUGGCGCCUCCUGUCACCAAACAGACAGAGAUAGGUCCAUUUAUUUUUUUUAAAAACUUACAAAAAAAAGCCUUAAAGCCACAUCAGUAUCUUAGUGUUAACAGUUUACUGCUCCAUAAACUAAGCUGUAUUUGUACUUUUGUCAUAGCUGCCCCUAAAGUCUCCCAGAGCCAAGCAGAGAGCAAUGUCCCUGUGGUGAAACGAUUUCCAGCGAUGGGAGGGCAUCCAGUCCCAGAGUCAGGUGCAAUCCUUCCUCUGGCUCUCGGACUAAUCAUCACCGCUCUGCUGCUGCUCAUGAUCGGCUGUCGUCUCAGGCUUGUUCGUCACAAGCUGAAGAAAGCCCGACCUCUCACCACAGAGGAGUCAGAUUACCUCAUCAACGGCAUGUACCUCUAGAGGAUCAACCAGAUGCAGCAAAUACAAGAACGCAGAGAUCUGACGAAGAGAAUCGUCGAGGGUGUCAUCACCAGAGCCUGAGCCAGGACUUUUUAGAUUUGCACUCCGUAUUUCUUGUCUCUAAUUUGUCCCCACUGCAGGCCGGACACAUCUCAACCUUCUGCUGUCACAGAUGUUUCUAAACACCCCCCAACUGGUAAAUCUGCUGCUGAUAGAUGCUGCCGUCAAAACCAGUGACAUUUAGUCAGAUGCUUGUGAGUUCAUACUUAUGUUGUCUUGAGAAAAUCUGAUUCUUAAUCAAUGAUGAAAUAUCAAUAUUCCUACUUCGAUGCUGAUAUAUUGCUGUCAAUAUUCCCCCCAGUGACUUCUGGGAUAUGUAUCAGAGGCUUUUGUCUGUUUUAUUAAAAUAAUUUUUAUUCCUCAAUUUGGUUAUUUUGAUAUUUUUAUUUUCGUUCAUUUUCCUGACUUGUGCUGCGUGAGAAUAUGCUGUAUUUCUGCCACUGGAUGGCACUGAUAUACCGUAUUUGUGCUGUAGAGUGUACCGGAGUGAAGCUGAACUGAGGGCAGAAAUGUAAUACUCUGGAGUGCCUGUUCUUAAAAUUAUUCUCUAAGUAUCCCAGAAUAAUAAAGCCAUAGUCGUUUCAGUCUGUCAUACCCCACUCCUGCCUGAGUCUGUUGCAAAUUUUUCUUUAUCGAGCAAACAUUAGUGGAGUAUGUAAUUGUAUUUGCGCAGAUGUAUUCCCUAUAAGUGCUGUCUUUCAUGUGAGAUAUUAAAGUUUAUUACAUAUCAGAAAAUGCUGGUGUGAUCUGUUGACAGAUGAUUCACAAAAAUGUAAGACUUCACCUUUACACACAUUUUAAACCCAUUAU